GCGCGGCUGGGCUUCAUCUCUACAUCAACAGCGCGUGCACAGAUCAAGCUCAAACAGCAGAUCCGCUCGGGACAUGAAGGAGAUCACAUAAAGAACUGUAGACUAAAGACUGUGCCUCUGUGUCCACCACUGGAUAACGACAACAUUUAAAGACCAAAACAGUGAAGUAAGCAUGGAAACUAAUCCGAAACAGACGGUGACGGUCCAGAUGGUGCCUCAGCUGGCUGUGGUGGACUUACUGGGAAUGAAGGAGUCUAACGCUAACUGGGAAAAGGAGCCUCACCUCAAAGUCUCUCAGGCUUGUUUGAAUGCUCCCCUUACAUCAUCUGAUCCACAGAACAGCCCAUUUUUGACAAGUGCUUCCGCCAACACCUUCCCACCUGUCCAAAAUACAGCCUCUAAGGGAGGACAGCCAGUGAUGGACAAACCAGCACAGGACAACAAAAACCAGACCAAGUCUGAGCCGGUGGACGGUGGUGAGCAGUCCAAGCAAUCACUAACUGGCCAAGCUGCGGGGGACCAGAAGGAUUCUAACGCCAACUUGAAAAUGCAAAGCCCGACCCGUGAUAAGGAUGUGUGCAAGACGAGUUUGUCAACUGGUGUCUCAGGGUCAAAGGUCGAUGUGCACAACAACGCCAGUAGAGUAAGUGCAUCAGAGGAGAAACAGCUGACUGUCCCAUCCACUGCACCAACGAGCAGCGACAAACAAGUUCCUCAGAAAGACGACAAGCUAAGGAACACAGCAGCUGAAACACGAGAAGUUAAAGAGAGAACUGCCGCUUCCAGAAACACAGAGACAGCAGCAGCACAGAAAACUGAUGAUUUAAGCUGUUUAACAGCCUCUGCAACACCUAAACAAAGCUUUGCACCUUUAACUCCCCUUGCCUCCAUUAAACCUCCAUCCACUAGUGAAGAAACAGAGAGCGAGUCUAAACCUAAAAGUUUGUGUUCAUCACAUCCAGAGCAGCGUUUUCCACUAGCAGAGGCGUCAGAAGUGUCCUCAGACAAACAUCGCCCCACGUCUGUAGAGAGCGAUUGUUCUGCUUUGGCCCCGGCUGCACAGAACAUGUUGGCGUGUGGGCAGGUGACGGAGGAAACCAGCCAGACUGAGGCAGCUGUCUCUGCAGGAGAGCGGCACUCCGAGCUCCACAGGGACGCUUCAACAAUGACCUCCUUCCUGCCAUCCUCUCCAGCGAAGCAGCGCCACAGCGUGGAAGUUCAGGCCGUGGCAAACAUGUCCAAUAAAUCUGUGGCCACAAGUCCAAGUCUGCUGCCUUUGGCUGCGGUUCACAGGCCCAGCAGCAGCGCCAUUCCCUUGGAGGAGACGCAGCGCCUGGCUGUGAUGUUUCAGGCUAACAACAGCCUCGAUUGCCAUCAGAUCUACACGUCUUCUUUUUCCACCAAUCAGGUACCAGAGAAACUCGUCGUCAGGACAGAAAUGGGCUCCAACCAAAAAGCUGGGUUCAUCUCAGAAGCUUUGCCCCAGCAGCUGGACUCCAGGUCAGGAGCCAAGCCUAAAGAAGUUUGUGAGAGAUCAGGUGUGUGCAACAUUCAGCCAGUUUAUCAGAUCAGCAUCGAGCACAGCAGCCACAGGAAGCACGGGGAGACGAGUGCCUCCCUUCACGAAACUGGAGCUGAAACAUCUUUAGCACAAACAUCUUUCCCUCUUGGAGUAUCUACAUCUCCAGGGACAGCUGCUGCCUGUGCAGACAGAGACGAUGCUACAACGUCUCCGGCUGCGGUUACAACCGAAGCUGAGCAGGCCCCACUAACGACGACAACGUCAGCUGAAAAUAAAGAGUCAGUGAAGGAGGCAAAGUCCAGCAAACAGGAUGCAGAACCUGAGAGAAACGACGAGGACUACGACCAGUCAGGGAAGCAGAAAGAAAAAAGCAUCCACGACGUCGUUUGGGAUGAACAGGGGAUGACUUGGGAGGUGUACGGGGCUUCUGUGGACCCAGAAUCCCUGGGGUUUGCCAUUCAGAGCCACUUGCAGUGUAAAAUUAGGGAGCAAGAGAAAAAACUGAUGGCCCAGGCAUCGUUCAGAAAGUCCUUCUCUGGCGGUGAUUCGCCGCAACACGAUAAGAAGAACAAAAGGAGGCAGCAGAACGUUUUCAGGUCAAUGCUGCAGAACGUCAGACGACCCAACUGCUGCGUACGUCCCCCUCCCUCCUCGGUCCUCGAGUAGCCCUGCAGACAGGAAGCUGAUGAGAGACUUCUCUGUUUGCUUAGAGGUCACAAUGUUUGUCCUCACACCGUCAUGACUGAUGAGUGAAAUAUUAAUGAGAUCCCUUACUGGAAC